AUGGAUGUCAAAGAUUUUGCACUGACCGAAGGAAGUACAAUCACUCCUUUGUGCCCAAAAGGAUAUUUUCCCUGUGGGAACCUGACCCAGUGCUUACCCCGUGCGUUUCACUGUGACGGCGUGGACGACUGCGGGAACGGAGCUGACGAGGAGAACUGUGGAGACACUAGUGGAUGGGCGACUCUGUUUGGCACAGUCCAUGGAGAUGCUAAUAAUGUGGCAUUAACACAGGAGUGCUUUUUAAAUCAGUACCCACAACGCUGUGACUGCAAAGAAACUGAGUUGGAAUGUAUAAAUGCUGGCUUGAAGUCUGUGCCAACUGUUUCCAGCAAUGUGACAUUACUGUCUCUUAAGAAAAACAGUAUUCACAGUCUUUCAGAUAAAGUUUUCAUCAAAUACACAGAACUUAAAAAGAUAUUCCUUCAGCAUAAUUGUAUUAGACAUAUAUCCAGGAAAGCAUUCUUUGGAUUACAUAAUCUGCAAAUACUAUAUCUCAACCACAACUGCAUUACAACUCUCAGACCUGGAGUAUUCAAAGACUUACAUCAUCUAACUUGGCUAAUUCUAGAUGACAAUCCCAUAACCAGAAUUUCACAGCGGUUGUUUACUGGAUUAAAUUCCUUGUUUUUCCUGUCUAUGGUGAAUAACUACUUAGAAGCCCUUCCCAAGCAGAUGUGUGCCCAAAUGCCUCAACUCAGCUGGAUGGAUUUGGAAGGCAAUGGAAUAAAAUACCUUACGAAUUCCACCUUUCUGUCGUGCAAUUCACUCACAGUGCUGUUUCUGCCUAGAAAUCAAAUUGAUUUUGUUCCAGAGAAGACAUUUUCGUCAUUAAAAAAUUUAGGAGAACUGGACCUGUCUAGCAAUAUGAUAAUGGAGCUACCACCCCACAUUUUCAAAGACCUGAAGCUUCUUCAAAAACUGAACCUGUCAUCCAAUCCUCUUUUGUAUCUCCACAAGAACCAGUUUGAAAGUCUUAAACAACUUCAGUCUCUAGACCUGGAAAGGAUAGAGAUUCCAAGUAUAAACACACAAAUGUUUCAGCCCAUGAAGAAUCUUUCUCACAUUUAUUUCAAAAACUUUCGAUACUGCUCCUAUGCUUCCCAUGUCCGAAUAUGUAUGCCCUUGACUGAUGGCAUUUCUUCAUUUGAGGACCUCUUGGCUAACAAUAUCCUCAGAAUAUUUGUCUGGGUUAUAGCUUUCAUAACCUGCUUUGGAAAUCUUUUUGUCAUUGGCAUGAGAUCUUUCAUUAAAGCUGAAAACACGACCCAUGCUACAUCCAUCAAAAUCCUUUGUUGUGCGGACUGCCUGAUGGGUGUUUAUUUGUUCUUCGUUGGCGUUUUUGAUCUAAAAUACCGCGGGCAGUAUCAGAAGUACGCGUUGCUGUGGAUGGAGAGCUUAGAGUGCCGCCUCCUGGGCUUCCUGGCCGUGCUGUCCACCGAGGUCUCCGUCCUCCUGCUGACGUACUUGACUUUGGAGAAGUUCCUGGCCGUUGUCUUUCCCUUCAGUAACAUCCGUCCUGGAAAAUGGCAGACCUCGGUCAUCCUCAUUUGCAUCUGGAUUGUGGGAUUUUUAAUAGCUGUGAUUCCAUUUUGGAAGGAGGAUUAUUUUGGAAACUUUUAUGGAAAAAAUGGAGUAUGCUUCCCACUUUACUGUGACCAAACAGAAGAUAUUGGAAGCAAAGGAUAUUCUCUUGGAAUUUUCCUAGGUAUGAAUUUGCUGGCUUUUCUCAUCAUUGUGUUUUCCUAUACUAUUAUGUUCUGUUCCAUUCAAAAAACUGCCUUGCAGACUUCAGAAGUGAGGAAUAACACUGGAAGAGAGGCGGCCGUCGCAAACCGUUUCUUUUUUAUAGUGUUCUCUGAUGCCAUCUGCUGGAUUCCUGUAUUUGUAAUUAAAAUCCUUUCCCUCUUCCGGGUGGAAAUACCAGAAACAAUCACUUCCUGGGUCGUCAUUUUUUUCCUCCCGGUAAACAGUGCCUUGAACCCAAUCCUCUACACUCUCACAACCAGCUUUUUCAAAGACAAGUUGAAACAGCUGCUGCACAAACAUCAGAGGAAAUCGAUUUUCAAAACUGAAAAAAAAAGUUUGUCUACAUCCAUCGUGUGGGCCGAUGACUCCUCGUCACUGAAACUUGGGGUUUUGAACAAAAUAAACCUCGAGGAGAAUAUAGUGAAACCAGUUUCCUAG